AUGUCUCUGGAAGCUCAGUUUGAGCCUAUUGAGGUCAUUGGACGUGGAUCUUUCGGUCUCAUCCGUAAGGUCCGCAGGCUUUCAGAUGGCAAAAUCUUAGCACGCAAAGAAAUCUCUUACCGCACAAUGAAUGUCAAGGAAAAAAAUCAACUCAUGGCGGAAUUCCGUAUCCUCAAAUCUCUCGUUCACCCAAAUAUUGUCCAGUACUACUAUCAUGAUCAUGUCAUUGCCGAACAUGCCGUUCAUCUCUACAUGGAAUACUGCGAUGGAGGUGACCUAGGAGGAGUCAUUAGGACAUGUAAAUCUACAGGCGAAUACGUCCCAGAAGCCCUCGUUUGGUCUGUCUUCACCCAGCUCACUCUCGCUCUCUUCCGCUGUCACUACAACUCAGACCCUCCUCCAGCUGCUGACCUCUUCAGCCCCUGUAGCAACAUCUCUGCAGGCAUCAUCUCCGGUACAAUUAACAUCAUGAACGUCACAGACCCACUCUUUGCUCCUCCUUCUCCAUCAACCGUCAUUUUGCAUCGCGAUAUCAAACCAGACAAUGUUUUCCUCGACAAAUACAACACUGUGAAAUUAGGCGACUUUGGUCUCGCUAAAAUCCUCGAUCAAGAACAUUUCAUGUCUAAUACUUACGUCGGAACCCCAUAUUACAUGUCUCCAGAAGUCCUCAAUGAUCAGCCAUUUACACCACAAAGUGACAUUUGGAGUCUCGGCUGUGUCAUCUACGAACUAUGUGCAAAACAUCCUCCCUUUCAAGCCAAAACUCAUAUGCAACUCUCACAAAAAAUACGCGAAGGAACCUACCCCCCACUCCCAGGAAACUACUCACAAACCCUGGCUAAAACUAUUGCUGCAUGUCUCGUCCAAAACUCUCGUCUGCGGCCAACAACUGCUGCACUUUUGCAUCUCGAUCCUAUGAAUCUUUGUCGCAAGGAACGCGCCAUUGAAGAAAUCCGACGCGAACUUGAAACAACCCAAAAUAAUAUGGCUGUCGAAAUGCGUCAGCGCGAACAAAUGCUAUUGGCCAAGGAAGAAGAUCUCAAGUCCAAGGAACAAAUUCUUAUGGCUCAAGAAGACCAAUUUUUGCGUGAUCGCGAAACUGUAGUAAACCAGGCUCAGUUGCUUCAACAAGAACAAGAGCAGCAACAGCUCAAAAUGCUGCAAAUCAACGAAGAGUUUAAUGUCAAAGUCGAACAAGAGGUCCAGCAGAGAAUAGCCCUUCUCCAAAUGGAAUAUGCCUCAGGAUACGAUAUGAAUAGUAGCAACGGCAGUAGCAAUGAAAACAGCAGUCGCCCAACUAAAAAAGUCACAACCUUUUUGCAUUCGCCAACUGAUGUCAUCAUGACUUCCUCAGCAUCAAGCUCGUCCAGCACCAGCAGUGCUGGUAGCAUCGGCGCAUCGUCAACCACCACAACUGCUACAACUGCUACAACUGCUACAACUGCGACUACUGCAACUUCAGCUUCAGCCACUUCAUCCUCGAUUCCAAGAAGUGGAGGCGUCAAGGGCCCAAGGAAAAUCCGUGACACGUCAACACCCUUUUCUCCAGGAUCUCGUCCUCCCAGCGCCAUGUCUGGCGUGCUAAGAAAUGGGGGGCUUCGCAGUCAGCGUAGUAUUAGCAACAGCUCGAACGGAAGUGCGCAAAGCAAUGGUGGCUUCGAUAUAGAUGACGAGCGCGAUAGCACCCUGCAGGAAUCUCCUAGAGAUAUGCAUCAACAGCCAUUACUGGACCAUCGUGGGUCAUCCCAGUCGUUAACACCCAGCCGUUCUGCAGGUGUUGUGUCACCUCCUCCAGUUCGCAAAGCGCGCAGUGCAGCACCCAUGAGUGCAGCACCAGCAGCAGUAGUAGUUGGUCGGGGAGCUUCUCCGCCGCGCAGAGAAUACUCAGACGAAACUAAUGGCAGCCGCGCACCAGGCGAUCGGAAUCGCAGUUCGGGAAACAGUAAUAACAAUUAUUACAGUCCUACGUCUACGUCCUCAUCACCUAGACUUGGAGAUGCAUUUGUACAACAACAACAUCCUAAGCCAGCCGUGGUUCUAGGGAGCCAUAGCUCAGAUCAGUACGAGCAACACUAUGAUCGAUACAGAUCGGGUAGUAAUGGAAAUAAUGAGUCUUCGAGUCUCCGAUCACCAUUUACUCCAGGUUCAAGUUACCACCAACCCAUUGUUCUAGAAGACGAUGUUUCUGGUGAUGAUGGAGGUCUCGACUCAGGUGCAUCUUUAGACGUAUUGUCUACGGCCCAAAAGCUCCAAACCCAGCUUAACAUUUCACCUACAAGACCAUCAGCCCUAUACCAUCACCAGCAGCAUCAACAUCAACAUCAACAACAGCAGCAGCAGCAACAGCCGCAACAACAUCAACAGCAACCAUCUCAAGGAACAACAACAGGGCCCAACAAAGUUGUCAAAAAACCAUUUUCGCCACUGCGCGGUCUCCCACGAGAUAGACAACCUCCGCAUUACCAAGCAAUUUAUGAAGCCUCUUCGCGUUCAAAUUCUCCAGCUGCUCGUCCCUUUUCGUCUCCUCUCAUGCGCCCAGCCUUGCGUCCUGCCCCACCUCCACCCCAGUCAUCGUCUCCUGUUGUUCUGCCCAAUCUUUCGUCUACCCCCACCUCUACACCAACUUUACAAAUGCUUGGAUCUAAGGCUGCAGUGGCAGCUGUUAAGAGUAGUGGUGCAGAAAAUGUGUAUGGAACUUAUCCAACGUACUCUCCUGGCAAUGGUGGUAUGUAUGGUGGGUCUCCUGGUGGUGUUCCUGUCCCCCCUCAGCAUUAUAGUUCCCCUGCAAGUGGCCAGCAACGUCGUGCGUUGUUACCCAAUAUGAAUUUGCAAAACUAUCGCUCUAGCGGGAAUAGCGGAGAUGAUCGGAAUUGA